AUGUCCGCCGCAAGAUGUUUCCUUCGCUCCGCCGCUUCUCGCGUAGGAAGUAAGGCGAAUCUAGCCACCGGAGCUAAAACUAGAACUUCACAAUCAACGUUUCGGAUCCCAAAGCAAAAUUCAACUCCUAAUCGCAUUUCCAGAUUGCCGGUGGAGAUGAGUUGCGGUGUGCAAUCGUUGCUUCCUUAUCACACUGCAACAGCUUCCGCGUUGCUCACUUCAAUGCUUUCAGUUUCUCGUCACUCCUACGGUUGGACUCCUGAAGAUUGCAAUGAUGAUGUAUGA